GCUGCUGCUUAUCUUUCCGCAGCGGCCUUCAUCUGCUCCCUCCCCCACCACUUCUAAUUAAGUCUCCCCACUCCCUCAACUCUCUCUCCUUAAGUUUCACCCAAUCCUACAGAUUCAAUCAAUCCAGCUUUUGGGAAGCAAUUCUGAUUUCAAUUCCUCAAAGAAAAAUGGGUCUUUGUGGAAGCAAAAGCAAGCAUACCGUUGCGACCAGAGACAUCGACGGCUACUUCUCCCAAGAGCCAACUCCGCCGGCAGUGGCGGUGGAAGCAACGAAGGAGAGUCCCCGUACCCCUCCACCUCCGUCCUCCGGCGCCAGCACCAUCCUCGGGAAGCCGUUCGAGGAGGUGCGGUCACUCUACUCCCUGGGGAAGGAGCUCGGCCGCGGCCAGUUCGGCGUCACGUACGUGUGCACCGACCGAGCCACCGGCGCCACCUACGCUUGCAAGUCCAUCUCCAAGCGCAAGCUCUCCCGCCGGAGCGACCGAGACGACGUGAAGCGGGAGGUGCAGAUCAUGCAGCACCUGAGCGGGCAGGCCAACAUCGUGGAGUUCCGCGGCGCGUACGAGGACCGCAACUCGGUGAACGUGGUCAUGGAGCUCUGCGCAGGCGGCGACCUCUUCGACCGGAUCAGCGCCAAGGGGGACUACUCGGAGCGGGAGGCGGCGGCGGUGGGCCGGGCGGUGGUGGGAGUGGUGAACACCUGCCACUUCAUGGGGGUGAUGCACCGGGAUCUGAAACCGGAGAACUUCUUGCUGACCACUAACGACGAGGACGCCAUGCUCAAGGCCACCGACUUCGGCCUCUCCGUCUUCAUCGAGGAAGGAAAAGUGUACAAAGACAUGGUUGGAAGUGUUUACUACAUUGCUCCUGAAGUUCUAAAGCAACGUUACGGGAAGGAGAUCGAUGUAUGGAGCGCGGGUGUGAUUUUGUACAUCCUACUCAGUGGUGUUCCUCCUUUUUGGGCUGAAACCGAAAGAGGGAUAUUCGAUGCCAUUUCGAAGGGGGAAUUCGACUUUGAAAGUACUCCUUGGCCAACAAUAUCAAGCAGUGCCAAAGAUCUAAUUGUGAAGAUGCUAACCAUGGAUCCAAAGAAAAGAAUUACAGCAUCUGAAGCCCUUCAACAUCCAUGGCUCAAAGAAGGUGGAGAGGCAUCUGAUAAACCUAUAGACAGUGCUGUGCUUAUAAGGCUGAAGCAAUUCAAAGCAAUGAACAAACUUAAGAAGAUGGCACUAAAGGUGAUUGCUGAAAACCUUUCCGAGGAGGAAAUCAAAGGACUCAAGCAGAUGUUUAGCAACAUGGACACCGACAAGAAUGGUUCAAUCACAUAUGAAGAGCUAAAGACAGGAUUGGCACGACUUGGCUCAAAGCUAUCAGAGACUGAAAUCAAGCAGCUUGUGGAAGCUGUAAGAUGGAUUUGCACACUAAGGGCUGAUGUCGAUGGAAAUGGGACCAUCGACUACAUUGAAUUCAUCACCGCUACAAUGCACCGGCAUAAACUAGAAAGGGAUGAGCAUUUAUACAAAGCCUUUCAGUACUUUGACAAAGACAACAGUGGGUUUAUUACAAGAGAUGAGCUGGAAUCAGCCAUGAAAGAACAAGGAAUGGGUGAUGCAGAAACUAUCAAGGAAAUUAUAUCAGAAGUUGAUAGAGACAAUGAUGGAAAGAUCAACUAUGACGAAUUCUGUUCUAUGAUGAGGAGCGGAAUACAGAAAGAGUGAAGCUUAUGCAACUUGUUUGGCCAAGACCAAACCCAUCGAUGAUUAAUGGAGUUUCUUGAUAUUUUAUUGUCUUCAUUGUGAUUCAAGAGGGGUGGUGAUAGAAUAUGUUUCAUCCUGUCAUUGUUCAUGUUUCAUGAACUGACAAAAAGGAAAACCUGGUUCAAUUUAUAAAAUUUGGUUCAUAAUGUAUCUUUCUCUUGUGAACAGAAAUCAGUGCUUUCAGCCUUCA